UGGAAGAAUGUCCAAAUGUUGUGUGGAAUCGCGGCGGUUCCGCGCCACAAUGUUCCUCAAAAUGCUCCAGUCGAUCGGAAAGAAGAGGGAGUUAAUAUGGCUGUCCACAAUUUAUCUGUCAGUGUAGUAAGCUCGCCUUGUGCUGCCGACACGACGCGCAUAACAACCCAUUUAGUUCCCAUCAUUUCAGAGCUUCUUGUCCCCUCCCCUCCAGACACAGACAACAACAUACACCUUAAUAGGGGCGCGUCUCCGACACAGCCGCCGACCAAUAACCCGUCUGUCUGGGCAGAGACCAAGGGGAUGAGCGCUCGCCGAGGCCCAAUCAGCGCUUUUGUGUUGCCUGCCGGUGCCGGGGACUGGUCGUGAAGAGCUACAGCAGCGCUUCAGGAUCGGAGAGUGAACCCGGAGCCAGAGGAACCUGAAGGGUAAAGGCGAGUCAGGAUGGAGCGGAUGUCUGAGGAGGCGUUGAGGCUGAACCUGCUGAAGCGGGGUCUGGAGGCACAAGAUGAGCGGGAAGAGGCUCUGGCCAAGCGCCUGAAGAUGGAGGGUCACGAGGCCAUGGAGAGGCUUAAGAUGCUCGCCCUCCUCAAACGCAAGGAUCUGGCCGCUUUGGAGGGGGCGGCGGUUGCGGCUGCCAUGGCAGAGGGCAAAGGCCCCGGGGGCAGCCAGGGGCUGAUGGGAGCUGUGGCCUACGAGGAGAAGAUGAAUGGAAGUUUGAGAGUCGGGGGCCAUGGAGGUCCAAGUAAGAAUGGGAAGGAAAACAUAGUAGAUGAGCCCGUGGACAUGAGCGCCAGAAGGAGUGAUAUAGUUCGAGAGCGACGCACUCCAUCACCAGACGUUAUCAUUUUGUCAGACAACGAGGCGUCCAGCCCCCGGAGCACGCCUCACCCUGAGGAGAAACAGCAUCAGGCCAACCUGGAGAUGUUUAAGGGGAAGACUGGCGACGAGCGGCAGCAGAUGAUCAAAGCUCUCCGAGAGGAGCUCAGGCUGGAGGAGGCCAAGCUGGUGCUCCUGAAGAAACUGAGACAGAGUCAGAUGCAGAAGGAGAACGUAGUGCAAAAGGUGCCGGUGGUCCAGAAUGCUCCGUCAUCAGUGCAACCGUCACCCAUGCACAGCUCUCAGGGGCUCGGGAAACUACCUGUGCGGCCCGGCAUGCACUCAUCCGAGCCUCAGAGCUUGCGCACUGCACAGGGCCACACAGUAAUCAGGUCUGCUGCCAAUGCAUCUUUGCCCCCAAUGAUGAUGUCACAGCGGGUUAUUGCACCCAAUCCUGCCCAGCUUCAGGGUCAGAGAGUGCCCUCCAAGCCUGGCAUGGGCCGCUCCUCCACAGGUGGUUUGGGUAACGCAGUGAGCUAUCAGCAGGCUGCCAGCCAGCAGGUGGGGGUCUCGCAGCGUUCAGGCUCGUCCUCAGCUAUCUACAUGAACCUGGCACACAUGCAGGCAGCAGGAGCAGCUGGCGUGGCUGGUGUCGGGGUGGGCGUGAGCGGGGUUGGUGCCGUGAGCCCCUCCACCCUUUCCAGCGCCUCCAGCGUGGCUUCUCUGAACGACCAGGCCAGCAGCCAAGCAGCCGCUAAACUGGCCCUCCGCAAGCAGCUGGAGAAAACCCUGCUGGAGAUACCUCCACCUAAACCUCCAGCACCCCUGCUGCACUUCCUGCCCUCUGCUGCCAACUCUGAGUUCAUCUACAUGGUGGGAUUGGAGGAGGUCGUGCAGAGCGUCAUUGAUAGUCAGGGUAAAAUGCGGGGGUCACUGCCACACGUGGAGCCGUUCUUCUGUGCCCAGUGCAGGACUGACUUCACCCCACACUGGAAGCAGGAGAAAAGUGGUCGCAUCCUCUGUGAGCAGUGCAUGACGUCCAAUCAGAAGAAGGCCUUGAAGGCAGAGCACACCAAUAGGCUCAAGAACGCUUUCGUUAAGGCUCUGCAGCAAGAACAGGAAAUAGAGCAGAGGUUGCAGCAGCAGGCUGCUCUGUCUCCCAGCUCUGCCCAGACCGUGCCCAGCGUGAGCAAAGGGGAGACCAUGAUCCGACACCAUGCCCUCCGACAGACUCCCCAGCCACAGGCCGCUCUACAGCGGGGUCUGUCCAGCUCAGCACGAGGUGUCCUCUCUAACUUCGCCCAGGCCUCCCAGCUCUCAGUGGCCAGCGGGCUGCUGGAUAUGACAAGCAAGCGCUGUGGCAGCAGCAGCAGUACCAGCAGCAGCAGUCGGGCUCAGCAUGACAGCCGCAGGCAGAUCUACAACAUCCCUGGUCUGAAUAUUGCCUAUCUAAAUCCGGGAGCCAUCGGGGGCCACAAGGCAUCCAGCCUAGCGGACCGUCAGCGGGAGUAUCUGCUCGACAUGAUUCCCCCACGCUCCAUAUCCCAGUCCAUCACCGGGCAGAAAUGAGCCCUGACGGGACUGCAGAUCCCCCUCCUGCCCCUUUCGGACGCCCCACCACCCCUCUGUUCUACAUCAGAACAUCCCCCACCCAUCUCCCCCCCCAACACAUACACACGCACACCAUCACCCCAUCGCAUGCAGUGCCUGUCCGUGUGCCUACCCAACUAACCCAUAAGAACAGCUCAAUCAGUCAGACUAUAAACACCAGACUGUCAGUGCAUCUCAAACUUCGGUUUCCUACUAUAGCAAAGCUCUUUAUUGUUAUCUCAACUUAUUAUUGCUGUUGUUAUUGCUACUUCGAUUAUUAUCACAGUUAUUAUUAUUAGUAUUAUUGUUGCUUCUGUUACAGUUACUUAUAUUACACUUAUUAGUAGGUUUAGUGGUUUUUGCAUCUUUUAUGUUCUUACCCUUCUGUUUUUUCGUUUAAGAGGGAGGAUGCCAGAUUGCAGGGUCACAAAAAUACAAAAGCUCGUUUUUUCGGUUCAUUCGAAAGCUUCCUCCCUCAUUCGCCCCUGUAAAAUUAGUAGACUCAUUCUCUCUCAUGUCGUAUAUGUUCAGUUUCAGAGUUGGAAUGGUUAAAGCGUUCUCACCUGAGAGAGAGCAGAAUCUUUGUAGCGUUACACGUUUGGAAACUACAAAGUCCUCCAAGAACCUUCUGGUUCACAAAGAGCGAGACAAACUCAUGUACAUUGAUCAGAUUGAUCCUUAUGCAGAGCGCUGCUUAUCUAGUCAACGUCGGUUCUGCCUCGAGAAGGCCACACGGAUGCGUUAACACCUGAAAAUGGGACCUGCACUAGCACGGACGAGUCUCCUGCUGUCGAAUGUACAGAGAGAACUGUAAAAUUGGAGGCCCACGAACAGGAUCUCUCCCGUGUCUCUCAAUGCCUUCACUUUCACAGGAUGCAGUGAUGUCUAGAACUUCUUCUUUUGUGCUGAUGGUUUCACUGCACAGCAAAGAAUGAAGCCAGAGAGUUCCAUCUUCAUGAACUUUGUCUCUUUUUUGGAUUUUCGUUUCUGCUUGGGUGUUUUUGAAUCAUUUUUGUUUAACCCCCAACCCCACUCCUUGUCUUUACGGUUUGUUUUUUUUAUUUUAAUCGGGCGGCGUCUCCAUCCGAAAUGGCAACGUAUCUUAAAGGUACUUGCCACUGGAGACGAUAAUCAUUGAAAUGGCAAAUAGGUGGAGUUAUUUGGGGAAAAAAAAAAACGGUUUAUGCGUAGAUGGUUAACGUGAGUUUUAACAGAAGGCAUUGACAAGGAUCAAUCAUCGUGUUAAAGCAAUGCACAUGAGAUGCCUCGUUACGGAGGAGCACUUUUCUUCUUAAUAAUUGAAAAAAGCAAAUGGUAAAGAAAAGAGGACAAGAAUGUUUCAGCUCACAGGAUCUUAAGGUAUGGAUGCCAUCGGAAGUCUCGGAGAGAGUUGGGAGAAAGACUUUUUGUGCGUUGCGCGGUGCAUUUCAUCUUUUCGAAAGAGUCCGGAUUAUGCUUUUCAAGUUAUGAUACAUGUGUUUAUGUUUCAGUAGACAUAACCUGAAGGCGUUUGAAUGAUGGUAACAAUAUAAGCAGUGUUUAGUCAAUAUGCAGUAUUAGGGAUUCUGCGCGGGAUGAUUUUGCAUUCUGGCUGGACUCGCAAUAGUCUUUUGGUCGGAUUUAGUUCCUUGUAUGUUUCAUGGAUCACAAAGGGUUUAACAUCUGCAGUUGAGCACUUAACAUUUUCGCCCCAGCCUAAGCAUUUACCACAUUUGGAAAUCAGACUUUGAGGUCUGUCAUGCAGGUCAUGUUUAAUAGCUGAGAAAACUCUGAGCUAUUAUGUGUUUGAUGGCGAGUUAAUGGAAAUAACUCCAUACACAUGCGUUUUUCUGUCAUGUGUAUAGAUCCUUGCAGUUUUUUUUUUUUUAACUGUCCUGUACAAAGCCACUGAUUUGUGGUGGAAUGAUGCAACUUUUGAACAAAAAGAAAAAUUUUGAAGCUACCUUGGAUUAAAUUUUCAGGUGCAAUAUUAGAUAAUAGGAUGUUUACAUUUAUUUUUUUUUUCCUGGUGAUGAUGAUAAAUCAGUCCCUUUUAGUCAUUCUGUUCAGGGGGUGAUUUUAUCCGAUUUAUGAUCUGUAAUUUUUUUUUUUUUGUUGUUGUUGUUCUUUUGAAAUGAACGUAGGGUGUUUAUAGUAACUCAUUUCUCUCUCCUGCUCUCUCUUGUAGACUAUAUUAGAUGCAUCCAUAUACCUGUGUUCAUAUAUUUACGAGAAAGUUGGAUUUUGAAGUUUAACUUCCUUUUGACUCCUCAAUUAAGUUCCAUUUUUUGUUUGGUUGUUUAAUUUCAGCUGUUUCUUAAAAAAAAGAAAAAAGAAAAAAGGAGAAAAAAAUCAAAUUUAAUCAAACAAAAAAAAAAAUGUAUGAACAGAUGAUGACACGAUAUUUGCUAGGUCAGAAGUAAUAAUGACUUAUUGUACAUAUGCUUUUUUUCUCCCUUGAAUUAAAAAUAAUGAAAUGAAAUUAAAAUGGUUGUAUAUUGUGUAGAAAAGCAAACAAAAAGCCAUGAAUAUUGUGAAGCUUGUCAUUUCGUUUUGUGAUCACUGUGUAUUAUUGUGUAACAAAUGUGCAAAAUGUAUGGGAUUAUACUUCUCUUGUUUUUGAAUGAGCUCUUUAGAUGCAUUUUCUCCCCCGGCUGUACGUUUUUGUAGUAUGUAGUAUUUGCAGAAGAAAAAAAGUUCAUUGUUCUGGUGGAGCGUUUGAUCCAUUCUGUAGUCUUUGGACUGAGACAUGAUGGGACAGUCUCUCGUAUGUUACUUUUUUUUGUUACCUCUCUUUUGUUUGAUUUUCGCUUUUUGUUUCAAGCAUUGAAGUUACGUAGAUGUUCGGUGAAUAAGUUUCUUUCUCUAAUGUCCCACACAAAGUGUUGGUCUUACAGAACAUGGACUGGAUGAAACAUUUGACAGUAUUACCCCUCACUCGACCAAAUCCAAAGCGUUCAUCAUAAAUGUAAAAUCAAAGCACGCUAUUGCUCAAUAACUUUACUUUAGCUAAAUUACUGGGUGCAGAAAACCCUACAGGGGAGAUCGUGUACAUUUGUGUUUUUUUUUUUUUUUUUUUUUUUUUUUUUUUGUUGUUGCUUAAGAUACAAACUUUCCUCAGUAUAUCCCUUUUUUUUCUUGGGAAAAGAAAAAUCACAAUGCUCUUAUUUUUUCUUUUUUUUUCAUGGAAGAUUGUAUACAUUGUAUACGAUGAAGAAAAACUUGUUUUGUUUGUUUUUGACUGUUCCAAUGCUUAUUGCCUUCAGCCUUUAAAUCAUAAGACAAAAAAUGGACAAUUUGCACACAUGCAAGUUUUGAUUCUAAGGUUUGUGACAUUGUUAGAUAUACUUUUUCAAGUUUCAUGUCAUGGAAUCACUAUCCAUAAUUCUCUGACUGGACAAUCAGCUUUUCUGGAGUUCUAGCGCUGGGGUUUACUUCUCUCUUCAAUUUUUGUUUCUUUUCUUUUUUUAUUUCUCUGCAAUUUUUUUUCCUCUCCCUGAUUUGAAUUUGUUGCAAGUACAAGUCUUUUUUUUGUUGUUGUUGUUACUGAAGUGGGAGAGAGGGUUUUGGGUCAUCAUUUCUUUUUUUGAUUUUUCUAAAUUUCAUCUGAACUUUCAGAUAUUUUUAAAUAGACUUAGCUGCAAUUUACCCAGUUUGAAUUUUAAAGCAAAUGGCAAUAUGUUGAAAUCCGUUUGUAAAAGAAAACUAUGAAUAAUUAAAAUAUGUACAGUUAAAAAAAAAAAAAGGAAAACAUGAAGUACUGGAGAUUGGCUUAAACAAUUAUUGAUUUUAGUCAAGGAAAAUAAGUGCUUUUUGUCAAGUUUUUAUUUUCAUUUAGAACAUUAAUCCAGACCUUUUGCACAUCCUUGAUAUUUAACUGUCUAAAAUGGAGAUGAAAAAAAUGCUGUUUGAUUACUGCCGGUUGAUUAACAACAAUUAUGCAUUGACUGAAAAAAAAAAAAAAAUAGCUAAUUUUGGAGGAAAUAACUUUGUAAUAUUUAUCACUUGCAAGCUAUGUUUAAUAAAGGAUGGAACAGUUUA